CUUUCCUGUUUUCGAGACCACAGAAUUUCGAUCGAGAGAGAGAGUCAAAAGUAAAGUCAGUCCCACAGAGUUUAAUAUAAAGUAGUCAUCACAUCCCAACCACGUCCAUGCAAAAAUCGUGCAAACGAUCAGCCAACAUAAAUAUACAUCAUUCACCCCAUGCUAACUGCAACUGCCCACAUUAGCUUUCUGAGGGAAUUCUGCAGAGAGAGAUCAUAACAGGCAAAUCCGCAUUCAGGUCUUCUUCGGAUAGAUAGCGGAAUCAGAGCUAAAGAAGGGACAAUGUGCAUAGCAGCUUUUGUUUGGCAAGCUCACCCACUUUACCCUUUGAUUCUUUUGCAGAACAGAGAUGAGUAUCACAACAGGCCAACAAAGCCAGUGGGAUGGUGGGAAGAGAUUGAGAUAUUGGGGGGAAGAGAUGAACUUGCUGGAGGGACUUGGUUGGCCUGUUCAAGAGAGGGAAGAGUGGCUUUCUUGACAAACGUGUUGGAGCUUCAUACACUCCAUGAGGCGAAGAGCCGGGGCGACCUUCCCGUGCUUUUCUUGGAGAGCACAAAGAGUCCACGAGAAUUUGCAGAGCAGCUGGCGACAGAGGCUCAUCAGUACAAUGGCUUCAAUCUCAUUGUCGCCGACACUUGUUCCAAAACCAUGGUUUAUAUCUCCAACCGUCCACAAGGAGAACCCAUAACCAUUCAAGAGGUUUCCCCUGGAAUUCAUGUGCUGUCCAAUGCGAAACUUGACUCACCUUGGCAUAAGGCUCAGCGUCUGGAACAGAAUUUCAGGGAACUAUUGAACAAAUAUGGCGAAUUUGACUUACCAGUAAAAGAGAUGGUCGAAAAAUUGAUGGAGGACACAGUUAAAGCUGAUAAGAGCAGUUUACCCCAUAUCUGUUCUCCGGACUGGGAAUUUAAUUUAAGCUCCAUAUAUGUUGAAGUUGACACUCCAUUGGGACGUUAUGGCACUAGGAGCACAGCUGUUUUGUCUGUGAGAGCAAAUGGAGAAGUGAGCCUAUAUGAGAAGUACCUCGAAAAGGACCAGUGGAAGGAAAAAACUGUGAAAUACCACAUAAAGAAGAUGAAGAAGACAGAAGGACAGAAAUCUACCCCUCAAAACUAAUAAAGUCGGAGUCAUUUAUAGAAACAACAUUAUGUACAUAUCAUUCGAAUGGCACUUCUCUCAGC